AUGGCAGGACAGAAUCAGGAUGUUUUCCUUCUUGCAGAUCUGCAGGAGCUGCUCCCAGCAGCUCCCGACUACCUGGAAUCGCCAGUGUCGGAUGGCACCAUCGAGGAAAAUUUCGAGGAGGAACUGGGCAGCGCCCUAGGAGUGGAGGACGAGCAGGCCCUUCGACACAGAUUCACGGACGACAACAACUACGAUGACAUCUCCUGUCAUAAUAUCGUCGAUAUCGUGGGCGACGAUACCUAUGGCCGGAAAGUCAUCGUUGUGUCGGCCUGCAAGUUGCCGAGCAAUAAGGUUUUCAACCAUGAAAAAUUUCUCAAGUACCUGAUGUUCACCCUAGACCAGUACGUCGAGCAAGACUAUUCGCUGGUUUACUUCCACUACGGCCUGAACUCCAAGAACAAACCCCCAGUCAGUUGGUUGUGGUCCGCUUACAAAGCCCUUGAUCGGAAGUACAAGAAAAACCUGAAGGCAUUGUACCUCGUCCAUCCCACGAACUUCAUCCGAGUCGUGUACAAUAUUUUCAAGCCUGCCAUUAGCGCUAAGUUUGGGAGGAAAGUUUUAUACGUGAAUUACCUCCAUGAGCUUCAACAGCAUCUCCAUCUCAGCCAGUUGCCCAUUCCUCAGUGUGUCCAGCAACAUGACCAGCAACUCAUUGCCAAACUUAAAAGCCUGCCAAAGUCCCCUGGUGCUCGACCUAAGCUGCCAACACAGCAGUUUGGGGUGUCUUUGCAGUAUAUCAAGGACGCCAACAACAAUGACCCUAUUCCUCCUGUACUAAAAAACGCAUUACUUUUCCUUGACCAUCCAGAUGCACUGGAAACAGAAGGUCUGUUCAGAAGGUCAAGUGCAGCCGCUGUUGUAAAGAGUGUGCAGGAACGUUUCAAAGGAGAAGAUGUCCAGUUUGACAUAAACAUGGAUGUCCACACAGCAGCAGUCAUAAUCAAAACAUUUUGUUUUUUUUUACGGGAACUGGAAGAACCUCUCAUGACCUUUGACCUCUAUGAUGAAAUUAUCCAGUUUCAGGGUCUGAAUAAAAGUGAACGUUUAGCCACCAUCAAGACCAUAUUGCUAGAAAAGUUGCCAGAAGAUAACUACCUCGUUCUGAAGUUCCUCGUCAACUUCUUGUCAAAGGUUAUGGACCGCAGUGACUUGAACAAAAUGAAUGCCAGCAAUCUCGCAGUAGUAUUUGGGCCAAAUCUUGUCUGGCCCAGAGGUGGGCAAAUGUCACUGAAUGCCAUCGCUCCUAUCAACCUCUUUGUCGAAGUUAUGUUAUCUUCUCAUCAUCAAAUAUUUGUCAUGUGAAACUGAAUAAUUUGUCAUUUAUUUUUUAUGAUUUCUCACCUUCAUCCUUAAAGUAUAGUUCUUUGAAAAAUGGUCAUGUAGAGUAAUAUUGAAAGAAAGGAAAAGGAUUCAUGUAUGGUAGUCUACAUAUACUAGAAGGUUUUGGCUUUAUGUGUUUGUGAUUCAUCACCAAAUUAGAUCUGAUAUAUGAUUGAUAUUUGUAGACCA